CUGACAACUAGUUUAAAGACGGAACAAAAAACAAAAAUCCUAAAAAGCACCGAUACCUGCCAACACCCUCGCUCUUAUGGCCCCUAACACAUUGGCUUUUGUUAACACUUCACAUUGAAAUUGACCCUGGCUCAACGUGAGGAGACGGGAAGAAGGAGGUGGAGAGCGGAGGGAGGUAUUUCACAGCGCAGAGAGAGAGGACAGAAAAAAGUAGGAUAAAAAAGCGAUUCAGCGAUUGACAAUUUCCUGAUGGGAGGUUCCGCUUAUCAGCCCCCAAAUCGGAAAGGACACUGGAGCUGCGAGCACUGGAGCUGUGUGGAAUCACUACGACUCAAAAGGUGUAACCUUCCGCCUUGACUGUGCGUGACUUUUCUGAGACACAUGUUAGUCUCUGGGCGCCCAGCUCUCCUCAAGCCUGCAGGCAUGAUCCAAAGGAAUGAGGUCGUGCUGCCCGUCCUGCGAGAGCUCCAGGAGGCCACAGAAAGUUCUGGCCUGGACGCUGUGAAAAGAGUGGCCAUGAAGGUAGAACGGGUCCUCUCUCCUUUCCAGCUCCCCAAAGCCCCCUGUCAGAACUAUCCUGAGUGGGUGCAUGUGGACAAAGCAGCCAGUGCUUUGUACCCUGCUGAUGCACCUCAAGGACUCCUGCCUCUGAGCUGUAAUGGAGAAGGCAACUUACUGUUUGAUGCUGCAAGCACACUACUUGUGGGCAACACUGGACUCAGCUUGGAGCUACAGGUAAGAACUGUGGUAGAAAUGGUGCUGUGGAAGAGAUACUACUUAUCUGGGAAGAUUGAUUCUAAAAUGAUGCUCCAAGCUGUUCGAUUCAGUCUUAGCGCAGAAGAGUCUGAAGAAAUGCUCAACCUGCCUGUGACCGUCCUGGAGGCCAUAUUUGAUGCAGAUGUUAAAGCGUCCUGCUUCCCUGGCUCCUAUGCCAACAUGUGGCAUGUCUACGCCAUGUCAUCUGUCCUUCAGUUCAACAUCUACUCUAUCUACCCCAUGUUCAACCUCAAGAUCAGACCCUAUUUCAAUCGACUAAUACGCCCAAGAACCUGGCCCGAAGACUCUGAGCCACAAACCAUCCACAUAAUGUGGUCCGGGGACAUGCAGUCUGAGUCCUUGUUCAGGCCGAAAUAUUUCGUCUCUCUGGUUCAAGCAAGCUGUCUCAUGAGUAGAAGCCCUGAAAGUCAGGAGAUGUCAUCUCCACACAGGAAUGAGGACCAGCUGAACCAGGAGUCGCUGCUUUCCUACCCAAGUUUGAAGGAUAAGUACAACAUCACCAAGAGGACCUUCUACCGCUGGAAGAGACAGACACAGGAACACUGCAAAAAGUCAGCAACAAGGUAUGAGGCGAAAUACUUCCUCCAGGCCUGCUUCUUGGAGGGCAAGCUCAUUCCUCUGCACCAGUUUAAAGAGUUUUUCCCUGAGAUCUCAAGGUCGUCGUACUACAACUGGAAGCAUGAGCUUCUGAAAUCUGGUGGACAUUUCUCCACAUCUUCCUCAGCUGGAGAGAUUAGCCCUGGAGAGAGCACAGAGCAGGAGAUCUGGUCCUCACCUGAAGCUAAACUAGACGGGUCAGACCACCACGACAGCGUGGCCACCAUGUUUGGCCUUAACCUGGGCAAGCUGGAUGCUGAGAGAGCUCAGAAUGUAGCGCACAUGCAGGAAGCUAAGCGCUAUCUGCAGAACUGCAUUGCCAUGAAUACUUCCUUCCCCUUCAGGAUAUUCAAGAGAAACUUCCCAGGAAUUUCACGAUCAACCUAUUACAACUGGAGAAGAGAAGCUCUGCUCUUUAAUCGGAGAUACAAAGGCACUGUUGGCAGUAGUGAAGACAGCUCAGAUGCUGACAAGAGUCUGAGCCCAAAAGGUCAGUCAUUGGUGCUGCCUGGCCUUUCUCAACCCACUGGACCAAGAAUGAGGGUCUGGAGACGGAAACACAGAAGUUUUAGGCUGGCUUAUCUGGGUAAAAAACAACUAAGAGAAGCUGCAAAGUUGCAUGUUCAGACGUCCAACUGGUCUUUGACUAAAUUCAAGCUCAAGUUCCCCACCAUUUCUUCAUGUUUCUUUUGGCUGUGGCGCAACAGCAAAAACCACAAGACAAAGAAGAUGAUGAUCAUCCAGAGUGUCGAGAUCAAUGUCCCUGAGAGUACGGGGAGUAAAAGCAACAAGAUAAUGGAGAAGCAGGAUGGGCUCCCAUUUGUCCACAUCCCCCAGUACCUGGAAAGGUCCGCUGUGCCUGAUUUUGACGCCCCAAAGUUAAACCAUUCCUUCCCCAGCAGGGUGCCUGUGAAUGAGCAGAUGUUUUCAGUGGAUGUUGUUGCCCUCGCCAACUUCAAGGCCAAAGCCAAGCUCUUCCUUCAGCAACGCUUUGAGGAGAAGUCCUUCCCCACAUACAAAGAGUUUCGGUCCUACUUCCCAUUAACAGCACGCUCAACAUACUACAUGUGGAAGAGAGCUUUGUACCAUGGAGUGUCACUGGUUCAUGGGUAAAUGGGUAAAAACUUAAAACUAAACCAAACUACCUACUGUUAAUUAGCUUAGCAUCCAAAUGCAUUGCCUUUGCUAAUUCCUACCUCCUGGACAUUUGCACAUGUGUGGAAAGAAGAGACGUAGCCAGUCUGUAUAAACCCUGCAUUUUUCCUCACAGGCAAAGGCAGUUCAUAGCUGUUGUUUAGUCGCUUUAUGUUUGAAGCUGUUUUUCUUCCAUUGUCUAGACCCAGACCUUUGUACUUUGGGCUUUUUUUAAUUUUGUUGUUUGAUUGCAUAUUUUGCAUGUGAUAUCUGACCUGAGAACAUUUGCUGCAGUUUGAAAAAAAUUGUUUUUAUUUUUUCUCAGCUAAAAAAAAUAACAUGUAUUUCUUUAUACAGAUUACUCAGACAUCUGAGGUAAGCAGCGAUCAAGUUCCAUUUUGAUCCUUAAGUUACAGAAUGCAAAAAUUCAUGUGAUACAAUGAAGCUUCAGGUGAUUAUUAUGCAGUUUUGGCAUUUAAAUGUCUGUUUUUCAGGAAAUGCGCACAUAAAACUGGUUUUUUUUAACACUAGAUUUGCACUGAAAUGAUAACCAUCACAGUACUGAAUGUAUAGUAUUAACCAUUAUGCACAUGUUUUAAGUGGUUUUUAAUUUCUGUUUUCGAGGGGAAGAAACUUGAAUCUGAAUUUAGAUGAUGUUUUAUUUUUCUACUCUGCAUCAUUUUAAAACUACCUAUUUCCCAGGAAGGGUGCAAGAUUUGUCUGGAUGAACUCCUGUUUUGUACUGGUCUUUACACAUAUGUUUUCUUUUUUUUAAACCAGCCAGUGCAGUAAACCUGAAUUGUUUCAUUUUACAUUUAUACUCCAUGUAUUUAUUUUUUUUGAUCAUUGUGUGCAUGAAACACUAGCAAGAAUUUUCAACUGCUAGAUGAGUAGAUCUGUAGUCUUCGUCUAUAUAUCAAUAAAAAGUCAACAAACAUCAAAA